GGCAGCCUUGGCUAGGAUACCGGGUCUGGAAGUCAGCGUAGGCCGUGAAGGGAGGUCGAGCGUACUCCGCCUCCUCGUCUCUUCCGGCCGUUGCCCGCGCGCAGAGUCCUUUAGCUGACCUCAGCGUCCAGCUACUGCGCAACGACGAGCGGGCAGCUUCGGCCAGAACACCGUCCUAAGGCAGCGUGACCCCACGAGGCCGCCGUAGUCCCGGGAGUGUGCGAUCACGUGACACAGGUUGUACCAUGGCUUCCCCCAAGUCACUGUCUCGCUUCUGGGAAUGGGGCAAGAAUAUCGUGUGCGUGGGGAGGAACUACGCAGACCACGUCAAGGAGAUGCGCAGCGCGGUGCUAAGCGAACCUGUGCUCUUCUUGAAGCCGUCCACCGCGUACGCUCCCGAGGGCUCACCGGUGUUAAUGCCCGCUUAUUGCCGGAACCUGCACCACGAGGUAGAGUUGGGAGUGCUUUUGGGCAAGCGUGGUCAAGCCAUCCCCGAGGCCGCCGCCAUGGACUACGUGGCCGGCUACGCCCUGUGCCUGGACAUGACUGCCAGAGAUGUGCAGGAAGAGUGCAAGAAGAAGGGCCUGCCCUGGACCCUGGCCAAGGGCUUCACGGCCUCCUGCCCUGUCAGCGCCUUCGUGCCCAAGGAGAAGAUCCCUGACCCUCACGCCCUAAGACUGUGGCUCAAGGUCAACGGUGAGCUCAGGCAGGAGGGCAACACCUCGUCGAUGAUCUUUUCCAUCCCCUACAUCAUCAGCUACGUUUCCAAGAUAAUAACCUUGGAAGAAGGAGACCUUAUCUUGACUGGGACUCCAAAGGGAGUUGGGCCAGUUAAAGAAAAUGAUGAGAUCGAGGCUGGAAUAGACGGGGUGGUUAGUAUGAGGUUCAAGGUGAAAAGGUCAGAAAACUGAGCGUUUAACUAAAUGACAAUCUUAAUAAAAAAAUCUAAAAAUUAAGUCAUUAGAAAAGAACCGAGAUGGAAAUGGGAAUGACCAAGAUAAAGGAUAUGUAAUGCUUUCCAAGAGAUGUGUUAAACUAAACUCUGAGAAGCUGUAGUUUUCUUCCCUAAAACUGAACUGAAUAAGACUUUUCUGUCAAUCAUUCUGAAGCCCAUAGCUCUGGACUUAAAAACUGCAAAAGAAACAAUUCGUUAAUGAUAUUAACCUUUAAGAAAGCUGUUUACACAGAGCACUCCAGUUGAUUCUUACUAGGGAAAGCACUUCAUCUCAAAAUCAGAUAAAAGUUUUGUUAAUCGAGCAA